UCAAUGGUUUAUUUGUUCCUGAUUUAACUUUGUGUUUGAGACUAAAACUGCAAUGGGGAACCCCAACCUUCCCAGCAAAUCCCUCAUACCCUGAGGCUAAAUAAAGUUCUCUCUUCAUUAAGGUGCCUAUAGUCUCAUCAUUGGUCUCAGUGAAAUGAACAGCACAAGGUAGAAGCCCUUGAUGCUAAGAAGUAUGAUAAGCCAGUGUGGGUUAUGCCAGCUCUGAGUGGUCACUAAUGCUGUGAUGUCACAGAGAGCCAUUGUGAGACAUGACCAACAGCUGAUCAUAUAACUCACUGUCUGGGCUGUUUUGUGUCCUUCUGUGUGGAGCGUUCGUUGGUGUUGGACUGUGGGACUUGGAGACUGGUGGUUGGACUGAAAUUGGUGUUUGGAUUGGAUUUGGACUUCGGUGAUUGGAUUUCGACAUUGAUCAUCAGCUAUACUUGUUUAUGUGUUGUGGUACUUUUGCCCCCAUCUCGUGUAUAUACUGGGGCAGCUUGAAUCCCAAGCCUUUCUGGGUAAGGCUAUCUUGAUCAAAUGUGACCUUUAACUCCGUGCUUUCCCUUCAUAAUGGAUGCCUUAGGUAAGUUCGUCAAUGUGUUCUCCUUUGAAAUGGGGAUCCUUGUUCUCCUGUAGAAUUUGUUGUCUUCCAUUGCCCUUGCUUUCUUUCUGCUUUGAGCUUCUUCCUUCUUUCCAUCCACUGUGUUUGUCUUUGCUUUGUUCUGAUUUCCCUGUGCUUUCAUGGCAGAGCGAAACUUUUCUUUGGGGAUAUCUCUGACUUUUAAUUUUAGAAUCUCUAGCAUUAAGCUUUCCUAAGUAGCUAAUUUUAAUUUCCUAGGUAGUUCUAAUUUGUUUUUUUCUGCCAUCUUUACUCUCUGUAGCUCCUGGUGACUCUGACAAAGAGAAGGGAAGUUUGAUAAUGUCAAAUGUGCUCAGGGCCAGUGACCAUGAAAGAAGCAUCUUGGCACAGGAUUACUUUAUCAUGGGCAUUCUAGAUAAAGGUGCAUUUGCACAAGUCAAGGUGGCUCUCCACCUUAAUACUCGGACACUGGUAGCCAUCAAAAUAUUGGAAAAGGGCAAAAAUAAAAAAUCCCAAGUUGUGUCCGAGAUUGAUCUCAUGAGAUCGCUAUACCACAGGCAUAUAAUACAGCUUCUCCAGGUGAUCGAAUGCAGUCACAAAACAUUUCUUGUGAUGGAAUUGGCAGGCAAAGGAUCCCUGCAGAAAUACAUCAACAAGUAUGGGCAUCUGGAUGAGGGAGAGGCACAGACUAUAUUUCUUGAGCUAUGCUUGGCCAUCGACUAUAUUCAUAGCCAGAAUAUUGCCCACCGUGACAUCAAGGCUGAAAAUGUCUUAUUGGAUUGGGAGGGGCAUGUGAAACUUGCUGACUUUGGUUUAAGCAAAAGACUGGAAUCUGGGGAAAAGAGCAACGGCUUUUGUGGCACAGCACAAUAUUCUGCUCCUGAAGUGUUCCUUCACACACCAUAUGAUGCCAUCGUCAGUGACAUGUGGAGCUUAGGGGUCCUCCUCCAUUAUUUAGUUAUCGGAUUCCUUCCAUUUAGAGAAAAAGGGUUCUCCAAGAUAAAGUAUGAAAUCCUGUCCUGGAGUGGUUGUAUCCCAUAUUACUUAUCGCCGGACCUUCACAACGCUUUGAAGAGAUUAAUGACAAAAGACCCCACAAAGAGACCAUCCAUUAAAGAAAUAUUGGCCCACCCAUGGCUGUGCCAUAAUCAAGACUCAUUGAGCUGCUCAUAUGAAAUACCUAGACAGCCUGAGCCCAACAUUGCUUUCUCAAUGUAUUUAAUGGGCUGUAACAUUCAAGAGCUCAGAAAUGCUUUGAGGAAACGUAUAUAUAACCAGGUAAUGGCCACUUACCUGCUAAUAAAAAAAAAGCCUGGCUCUCAGCUCCAGUUGUAUCAUGAUGGAGGGCAGGGUGGUUCUCCGGACCCUGCUCAGCCUGCAAGGAGGUUAACAAGUGCCCCGAACCGCCCUACUUUCUCUUUGCACACUCUCUCUGAUGGAGGUGGGGGGAAAGGGUAUAAGAGGAGGCACAGUAUGCCUCCCUCCAUUUCUACACUUAAGAGUAGCUUCCAGAAAAACACCUUACCACUGCAGAAGCUUGUGCCUCACUGUGGAAAGGGGGCAUUUAGAGAGAAGGAGGACAGCAUCGAUAACACAACUUCACCAUCAAGGAGAGGAAAGGCGACAGCCGCAAGAACAACAACAUCAUCAUCAACAACAACAAAGACCUCAUUAGGAACCAGUUGGUCACUGUUCACACCCUCACAAACCCCGACCUUUGAAAACACAGCAGAUGUGGCUAAUGAGAGCUCGAAGUCUACAGACAAAAGUGGCCGCACACUCUCUUGUGGGUCCACGAUCAGGAGUCCCUUCCCCAGUAAGAAGAUCAAGGAAGAGAAUCCAGGCACGGAAUACUUACAAGACAUCACCUCAGACUCCAGGGAAGCAGACCAUCAGGAGCAACUCCAAAGGCAGCACCAGGGUGUUCCCAGAGUCCCUCUGAGAAGGUUGGGCUGGAAGGGCCUGAAGAAGACGAUUUUCAAAGCCUUAAGAAGCUUGUGUUGCUGCCUCCCAGUGACAAAUAGCAAAAUCAUGGCAGUCAACGAAGAGUGCCGCAGAGAUUCAGGCUAA